UUUCAUUUUCUCUUACCAUGUACAUCAGUGAGUUGUUACAAAGUAACUUUCUGAAUGAACCAAGAGAGAAUAUAGAAGAACGUGAAGCAGCAAUAGAGCUUCGGGAGGGAAUAGAGGAGCAGGAGUUGUUGCUGGAAUGCCUUUUGCUGAUACAACAAAGAAAACAGGAAGCUGCAGAUAAGUUGCAAGAUACAAUUUCCCUUGUAUCUUCUGAUAUAGAUGAAGUUUCAAAGCAGCAGUCAAUUCUUUGGGGAAAAGGGUGCUCUUGUCCAGAACUGGGCAAGGAUUCUGCUUCUGGUCCCCCUUCAAUGGAAUUUGUUGAAAAUGAAGAUUCUAGUUGCUCGGGGUCUAGAAAGAGGUACAGACAAGGGCUUCAGAGUCAUAAUGCAUCGGAAUAUGGUGGUCAUCUACAUGAAGGUCAGAAUUCAGAAGCUCCAGCUGAGAAUCAAGGAAGUAUUCUCUCAAAAAGUUCUCGAUUGAUGAAGAACUUUAAGAAACUGGAGUCAGCUUAUUUUUUGACAAGACAAAGGCCUGUAAAGCCAACAGGGAAAUCGUUAACUCGACAGUCUCCAGUAAGCAGUGAUGGUAGAGGGUCCAUUGUUGUUACUGAAAGAAGUUCUGUCAAUAAUUUGCCCUUGAAUGACCAGUUUAGUGAAGCUAGACAAAGUGGAUGGAUAAAUUCAUUCCUCGAGGGGUUGUGCAAGUAUCUGUCUUUCAGUAAAUUAAAAGUUAAAGCAGAUUUGAAGCAAGGGGAUCUUUUAAAUACCUCCAAUCUAGUAUGUUCUCUGAGUUUCGAUCGCGAUGGCGAAUUUUUUGCGACUGCUGGCGUGAAUAAGAAGAUCAAAAUAUUUGAAUAUGGCACAAUUUUGAAUGAAGAUCGUGAUAUCCAUUAUCCUGUAGUUGAAUUGGUCAGUAGGUCAAAGCUGAGCAGUAUAUGUUGGAAUAGUUAUAUCAAAAGCCAGAUUGCUUCUAGUAACUUUGAAGGUGUGGUGCAGGUAUGGGAUGUUACAAGAAGUCAAGUUUUUAUGGAAAUGAGAGAGCAUGAAAGGCGCGUGUGGUCUGUCGACUUCUCAUUAGCAGAUCCAACAAUGUUGGCCAGCGGGAGUGAUGACGGUUCUGUUAAGCUCUGGAAUAUCAAUCAGGGAGUAAGUGUUGGUACCAUCAAAACGAAGGCCAAUGUCUGCUGUGUUCAGUUUCCUGUUGAUUCUAGUCGUUACCUUGCAUUUGGUUCAGCGGAUCAUAGAAUUUAUUACUAUGAUCUCCGUAACACAAAAAUGCCACUGUGUACAAUGAUUGGACACAACAAAACUGUGAGCUACGUGAAGUUCAUAGAUUCAACAAAUCUUGUUUCUGCAUCGACAGACAACACACUGAAGCUUUGGGAUUUGUCAAUGGCCUCAUCCCGGGUUCUUGACAGUCCUCUUCACUCAUUCACCGGCCACACAAAUGUGAAGGUAUAUAUCUAUAAAUACAUACAUGUAUGUGCACAUAUAUAAAUUAUCAUGGCAUGGGUUGAGAGUGCUGCUAUAUUUUGUUCUGUUCUUAUUAUCAUUGCCUGAACAAU